ACGUCUAAAGGAUGGAAGAACAUUUGCUGAUGAUUAUCAUAGAUACAGUGUCGAGUGGACUGAAGAUUAUAUCAAAUGCUUCGUCGACGAUGAAAUGACUUUAAAUGUUGAGCCUGAUGAGGGUGGCUUUUGGAAAUUCGGAGAAUUUGAGAAAAACAACAUGGUUAAUCCCUGGAGAUACGCGUCUAAAAUGGCACCAUUUGACCAAGAGUUCUACAUCAUCCUGAAUCUAGCUGUUGGUGGUAUGAACUAUUUUGAUGAUUCUAAUAUUGGACCUCGACCAAAACCCUGGACCGGAGCUGAUAAGACGGCUUUCUGGAGAGCUAAAGAAGAAUGGUAUCCUACCUGGAAUCCCUUUGAAAAUGACGGGGAAGAUGCUGCAUUGAAGAUUAACUAUGUAAAAGUUUGGAAGUUGAAACCAUAA